AUGUCAAAAGUUAGAGACCCAAUUACAGAUACUGCAUGUCAUAUUUUAAAGGGAGCAGUUGUGACUGUUCUAGGUACACCUGUUACAGCAUCGGUUGAAUGUAACAACAAAGUCAAGGGUAGAUUGACAGUCGAAUACGACUCUGACGUCAAACCAUCAGACGAGAAUGUAAAGAGAAUCGAAAAGGAAGCAAACAAUAUUGUCAAGGCUAACCUCCCACUCAAAGCAUUCUCAAUGGAUCGUAAAGAAGCUGAAACCAAAUACACUGAAUCUAAAGUUAACAAUACUUAUAUAUACGAUAAAUUCCCUGUUCCAGAAUCAGUGACAACAUUAACAUUGGUAGAAAUUGAAAAUUGGAAUAUUAAUUGUUGUCCAGCACAACAUUUGGAAAAGACUGGUGAUAUUGGAUACAUAAAGAUUAUUGGUACUAAUCAUCGUCCACAAAAGAAAGAGUUUGAAUUGAGAUUUGAAAUUGUCAGCAAGGAGGCUGUCGAAGCUGAACAAGCAGCUCAAGAUAAAUCACGUUUGGAAAAGGAAAAGAAGAUCAAGGAUGAACAAGAUCGUCUCAAGAGAGAAUCUACCAACAUUGAAUUGGUCACCAAACGUGUCAUGGAAAUUACUCUUGCCAAUCAACAAGAUAAAUCUAAAGCAAUCACUGAAAUCUCUACUCUUUUAAACAUACUAAAAAAUAAUUCUUAUAUGAAUGGUAUGAAUUGUACUAUUUCAAAACAAUAG